AUGAAGAGAAUAGGGGGAAUCGAAACCAUGCCAAUGCUUAGAAGCAAGACAUCUACAAGAGUUACCUUCAACCGGAACUUCUCCAUGCGUAAAGAGAAGAUGGAAAAAUUCCAAUCAGGUGAUGAGAAGCUUAGCAAUGUUAUUGAGGAAGAGCCAGCCGGGUCUGAUCAUUUCAUGGUGGAUAUUCACCUCAAUAAAUACAUCAACAUGAAGAAUCUCGCUAAGAAACUAAAAAGUUUCGAUAAGUUAAAAGAGAAAGUCACAAUGAGCCGGAAAGCAGAGCUGUUUCAGCUCUGCGACCUGGCUAAUUGUGCCAAUGUUUCUGAAAAUCUCAAGAAACUUAUGGGCUUUUUCAUGGUCCAAAAAUAUUUGGUCAGGUUUUGACCAGAGCUAUACUCUGACUCUGACAACAAGUUCUUGGUGACACAGUCUAACUCCUUGCUAGAGGUUAGUGUUGCAGAAGUGGCCAAAGAAGAGGAUUAUAAAUAAGUUCAAGAUGAUCAACCAGGAAUUGAUUACCUAUAUUGCAGGAAUGGAGUCAUUAGGGCUGAUGAAGAAUGAAAGUCUCAUGAAUGUGCUCUUUCAGUAUAAUGAAGUAUACCUUGACCAGUUAGGGGAUUUUGUAUGUGCUAAAAUCAACACUAUUUGUGAAGAGGAAAGUUACAGUGAGAUCCAACUCAACAACCAUCAAGAUUUUGUGAAAUACAUUGAGCAUUAUGGGAUUCAAAUAGAUGAAGAAGACCAAAGUUUUCCAAGGUUCCUCCCAUACUCAAUGAUGGUCAAAAGUAUCAAUGAUAUCAUCCAGGAUGCUAUCCAAGAGAUAAUAAUUUAUAAUGAAGAUGAUAAUGUGUUGUUUUAUCUGAACAUUGACAAACUGUUAUGCUCUAUCAUCUCAACUCUAAAGGAUCAUUUUUGUACAGAAUCUCAGAUGGGAAUUCCUCAGAUUGCUACAUUGUGCAACAACAUAGAGUACCUAAAGAAGUCAAUUCCUUUCUACCAGUCUUGUGGAUACAAGUGUUUGAAGAAUGAUUCUAUAUUUUCGUAUAAUUUCUCUGCUCUGGCUCUAUUUAACCAGUUCAAGUCCCAGUGUGAAGAGAAGCUUUAUAAUCAGUUCAGGAUCAAAAUCAAUGACUUCUUGACCUUUGUCAAAGAACAGGAAUGGUCUGUCAAAGCAGUGAAUGAGGAGCCUUCUGAGUAUAUUACUUUUAUUGUGGAAUGGUUGAGAGUGAACCUGACAACACUGGCUGUGCACAACUCAUCAAUUGUCUAUCACGCUUGAGUGACUAGCUUUGAGUACCUAGCUUCCAGGAUCCUUGAUAUCAUUGCAAAUGAGAAGUAUAUUACGAAGAUUAAUAUGAAUGAUAUCUAUAACCUCAAAUUGGAUUUCGAUUAUUUGGAACAUUACGUGAUAGAAGAGCUGAAGGACCAAUACCCCAGAGCUUUCUCGGCCCUGGGAGAGCUCAGACAGUUCUUGGACCUAGUCCAAGGCGAUAUCAUGAGUUAUUUCGAUGAGAAUAUGUACAGAGAGCAUUAUAGGAUGGUCAAGGAGGCUAAGCUGAAGAAAGUGCUCAGUAAGAUGAAGGAUAAGAGCAUAGACAAGAUAGUUAAGAAGUUUCUGAAGGCUUUGAAAAAUAAGUCUAGUUAAGUUAGGGUAACUUUUUGAUGAUUUUGGGUAAUUUUAGGAGUUAUAAUUCA